AUGGGUAACAACCUACUCUUUAAGUGGGAAGAUUCGGAGGCGCUGAAACACCACUGUGGGUUCUGUGAGCGUCCCUUGAGCCAUCCCGGUGCGAGAGCAUCUUGUUUCGGCAAGCACAGCGAGCCAUGUGUCCGCUUUCACCAGGCCAUGUUCAUGCGCCUUCGGGGUCAUACGUGCAAGUACUGUAUGGAAAUUGAUGAACAGCAUUACAGGCGCCAUCACGAUAUCGCCGAGCGCUUACGUGCGGUCUACGAGAGUUGCGGCGAGGUCGAUUGGAACAUCGUGCCAGAUGAAUUCGGGCCUGAGGAACGUGGAAGAGUGAGAGAACCCGGUGACGUGGACACACCAUUAUCGAAGCGCGAGAGAAAGGAUGCGAAGCGUCUUGUGAGAGCGGCAAGUAGAUCGAGAGUCAUCACUCUGGAGGAGAUCAGAUACAUCGACUCCGUCGUGCACUCCGCUGAAGGCACGACGAGCAACGAUGCCGAUGGACCGCGUGAUCCAGAAGAGGUCGAUGAAAUCGAAAGGCAGCUCCGAUACCAUGCUCAUGUCUAUAGCACACAGGUCAGUCGGAGGGGGCUUAGGAAGCUCGCCGAGGCUCACGAAGAUACGCUCGAUAUCGACUUCGAAGCCGAGAUGGAACGCAUCCUGGAGACCUUCCGCAUCAACAAGUUACUCAAGCGCAACACGAAAACUAAGGGAUUGCAGGGAAAAGAGCUAAAGGCAUUUCUCAAUUUCGUCGACGGUUUGAAGCACGCCGUGCUUGAGGAUAUUGUGUUGGUCAACAAAGACAAUGCUGAAUCGCGCAUGCGGCGGGCUGGUUACCUCAGAUAUACUAACAAAACAUCUUACGGGAUUGUAGAAGAAAGGUAUACCGACAAGGACUGGAAGACUGGUGAGAAGUUCGCGUCCAGUUCGAGUGAUUUCAGUGGUGCCAUCACUCCUGUACAUGAAACCAGUUUACUUCCAAGCGAACGAUUCGAAGACCAGUCUCCUUGCCGGCCUAGAACUGCUCACAGCCCGGACCGGAGACAUCUUGAGAGUAGUCACAAGCGCGUUAGUGGCGAUGAUGGACUCUACGCUGCAGACAUCGAGCCUUAUCAUACCCCACUACUAUCUUUACCACCUGCUCCAGCUUCUGGUAUGCCAGUUGCCGCGAUCAUGGUGAUCAACAUUAAAGCUCCAGUGCGUGCACCAGCUCCAGUGCGUGGUCGCGCAAAGAAGCCUGUCAAGACAGCCUCUGAUGGCUGGAAGACCGUUACGAACGGAGGUGUGCCAACAAAGCAGAUACCAAAGGCACGUGUUUGGGGUAAUAUCCCAAGCAAGCGCCCAGCUCAGGCUUCUCGACCUGGGCCAGCACCAUGGUCUUCCGACUCUCGCAACUUUCCCGAUAUCUCCGCUGCGAAAACAUCGUUCGAUGGUGCAUAUUCCCAACCUCGUGAGGUGAAGCCUCCGAUGAUCUGGUGUUCGAAGGAGCCUGAGACCUUCGUUUUCCAGACGGAAGACGAUGUCAGUGGCCAUGCCGCGGUUUCACAAAAGAAGAAAGCUAAGAAAGCUCGAGAAGCUAAGCGCAAAGCAAAGAAGCACUCUACAUCAAACGAGAUCAUCACCGAAGACGUUGGAGAUGAGCCUGACAUCUCAAUGCAAGGCCCUUCUACACCACAAAAGACCAAGGUCGACACCAACGUCCUAGAUAUCGACGAGACACUGCAAUCUUUUUCGAUGGAUACCAAGACUGAAGGGAAGUUCGCCGACCUUGUGGUAGAGCCAAUUGCUAUGAUUCACGAUUCCAGUGAUGGGAUAUCGCCGGUGCCUCCGCCUGAAUCUAUGCCGAUCACAAAACAUGGCAAGCACAUGCACUGGAUCCGUACUGGACCGUUCAACCGCCUCCGUGGCGAGAAGCUGCUGUCACUAUAUGAGAAGGACCAUCGAACAAAGGGCCGCUUGAUGCUCAUAGAUGACGACCUAAUCAAUUACUUUAUGGAAGACCCUAUCAGCCGAUCGCGCAAUCGCAACCCAGACGGCGUGCCCGCGCGUCUACAGAAGGAGUAUGACGACGUCAAGAACGGAUACAAUCCCGGAACUCUCAUGGCGCAAGAGCUUCGUUUUGAGCGACUCUACGCUAAGAACGGUUUUAUGAAGCAGGAGCUUACCCAGAGUAUGCUACAGGAUAUCCAGCGCAACGAGUUCGAGCGUUUGGAUACGAGGUACAUGUGCUAUUGUCGUGCUGCCUUACCGAAGACAGGAUCUUCAAAGACGGACAUUAUUGUUUGCUCAUAUCGCGACUGUUCCACUGGGAACUUUCAUCGAUCAUGCAUAAAGAAGCUUGGCUUCGGCUUGGUGUCGCGCUGGUAUUGUACCGAAUGUGAACAGAAGAUGAAGGUACUCGCGCGCCAGACGUUACGCCGUUUAGGCUAUACCGAUAUUCCACAUGAGGGCCCAUGCAGCUAUUCAUACGGACUUGGCGCGGACAAAUUCGAAGAGAUGUUCGAUGAGAAAUUCGCGGAGAUGAUGAACUCAUCCGACAUGGAAUAUCUGAAACUACUACCAGCCGACCUGAGGAGCAAGGUCAAGGAGGUCGGGGGGUUCACGGCUAUGCCCAAAGAGCUCCAGCAGCAAUUCAAAGAGAAGGUCAGGGCGCUUGGCGAAAAAUUUAGGGCAGCGGACGUCAAGAUGUUCGAUUUGUAA